UAUAUUUUUUUGUCAUUACAGCGAGAGUGCAUAUCGGUACAUAUCGGGCAAGCCGGGGUUCAAAUCGGUAAUGCGUGUUGGGAACUGUACUGCUUAGAGCAUGGCAUUCAACCGGAUGGUCAAAUGCCGAGCGACAAGACCUUAGGCGGAGGAGAUGACUCUUUUAAUACAUUUUUCAACGAAACUGGAGCUGGAAAACACGUCCCUCGAGCAGUAAUGGUCGACUUGGAACCUUCGGUUGUUGGUAUGUACGCGAGAAAGAAAUGACAGUCUAUUGUUAUCCUCUUUUUGCUAUUAAUAUUUUAAACAUCUACCUGUUCAUUUUUUUCAUUUUGUUUCGCUUUUUGAUUUUUGAAAGCUGUACGGCGGAAUUUAGGAGAGCUAAACUUGAAAUACGCUUUCCCUUUUGGUAUGGGGACAAAUCAGUUUUAGGCAGGUUCAUAGUUGCGUUUUUUGACUAGCUUAAUUCGCUGACUAAAAAAAGGUACCUUACUUCCCAGUUCUAACUGCAAUGAUAGACCGCUUAUUUUAUCAGUGUUUGUUCAGUUUCUUGGCUAUUGUCGGUCCUUGUUACCGGUGUUGUCAAGGAAAGUUCUAUAGGCUUUAAAUAUUCAAUGAUUUUAUGAAAUGUUUAGGCGAGCCCAUCUUCAUCCGAUGGGCUUGCAUUGUUAACACAAAAUUGCACUGAUCUGACUUUUUGGUUCUCUAAAUUGAAGGGGGGGGGGGGGGGGUUGUACAUAGAAACUAUUUUCGGUGCGCCGUGCAUUUGAAGGGAUUUAAGCUCCUAGCUGAACUACUUCAGCGAAGAAUUUAUAGACACUUAGCUAAGAGCAGAUUACUGGGGUUCGUGCUGGGCAAGUUUUAAAACAGCGUUUUUAUUUGCCAGAUUUGACGGCGUCAAGUAAUGUUCAUAGUCUUUUGAUUUUUCCUUAUAGAUGAAGUUCGCACCGGUACAUACCGUUGCCUUUUUCACCCAGACCAAUUGAUCUCAGGCAAAGAAGAUGCCGCUAACAACUAUGCCCGCGGGCACUACACUGUCGGAAAGGAUCAAAUUGAUCUCGUCCUUGACAGGAUUCGAAAACUGGUAAGUUCAGUCAGGGACCCGUUGGUGGAAAGUGUCAGCUGACAUGAAAAAAUCCGCUAAGGGAUUAACCUUGGGAUAAUUUAACCAACAUCUCGAACUAAGUAAAUUCUAUCACCAGAGGUAUGGGAAAAAAAUUCUUCAAACGUUAAAUGGUCGGCCCCUUAAACCGCGCUUUAAGUCAGACUUCCUAUAAAUAACCGACUCUUUGGAUCUGUUUGUUCCGCAGAGCGAUCAAUGUACCGGUCUUCAAGGUUUCCUCAUUUUCCACUCAUUUGGCGGUGGUACUGGGUCUGGCUUCACUUCCUUGUUAAUGGAGCGUCUCUCAGUUGACUACGGCAAGAAGUCCAAGUUGGAAUUUUCUAUCUACCCCUCCCCCCAGAUUGCCACAGCAGUGGUGGAGCCGUACAAUUCUAUUCUCACCACUCACACCACCCUGGAACACUCUGAUUGUGCGUUCAUGGUUGAUAACGAGGCCAUUUACGAUAUAUGCCGUCGUAAUCUUGAUAUCGAGCGUCCCACGUACACCAAUCUCAAUCGCCUGAUUGGUCAGAUUGUGUCCUCCAUUACAGCUUCGUUGCGGUUUGAUGGUGCACUGAAUGUGGAUCUCACAGAAUUUCAGGUAAUUCCACAUAUACCAUGUAUACAUUUUACAAAUAUAUUGUUAUUUCAUUCUCCUCAAAGCAAAGAAUGAUGUCCUCCUCAACAGUACCCAUUCUUUUCUUUGCAGCCUUGAAAGGCAUUAUGUGUUGAAUUUACCCCCAGUUGAGUUUGGAUAGAGUUUUGCCACCGAGGCUACAAACCCUGACCACGACGAGAGACCCUAUUUUAUGACCUGAUGCGUUUCAUUUCACAUACAGAAAAAGAAUUAUCAUACUAACAUCGUGAAAAUAGAUUUUUUUUGGAAAAAAAUUGUUGGUACCACCCGGAACGCUCAUCGCUUUCACACUUUUCCCUGUUCACCCUGUUCAGCGGCAAAUACCCAUUGGCCAAAUUAUGAAUCCCCCAACAAUUUAGCCAAGGUAGCUCAGACUCGCCCCAUGCAAGGUUAUCGCAUUCAAGACAGGUUUAAAUUCUGGAUGCCACGCUGUGCAUUCCGGACCCCUGGUACCGGAUACCAGAUUCCUGGUCAAAGUAACUUGAAUUUCGAGAUUUUCAAUCGUAAGCAGGAAUCCGGAAUCCUUCAGCUGUAUUUCGGAUUCCAAAUCCCAUGGAUUAUGGAUUCCUGAUUACCUUACGUGAGGCAAUGGCUAUAGAUGGAUAUAAUUUGAAUUGGUUUCUCGCUGAGAGCGAUUUUCGUAUGAUGUUGAAAUGAAAACGCGCAAACAAAACAGAAGUAACAUAUAGAGCGAUUUGAUUGGUUAAUCGAACAGAUACAAACGCACGUGGCUUUUGGUUGGUUGGGCGAAUGCUCGGCUGAAAAAAAUUCAAGCCCGAGAACUUUUUAGAAAUCAAUCGAUACUUCGCUUUGACGUCAUACUGCAACACGAAUGGCCAAUAUAACGAUGCUCUCUCCAAAUUAGGGUUUUCUUUGGCGGGAAAACGAAGAGGCCAUCGAAAAUCGCUCUAAAUAAAUAAAUUCUCAACUGUUUUCCCUUGACGUUACAGACCAACUUAGUCCCCUAUCCACGCAUCCACUUUCCCCUGGCCACGUACGCUCCUGUGAUUUCAGUCGAGAAAGCCUAUCACGAGGAGUUGAAUGUCGCCGGGAUCACUAGCGCCUGUUUUGAGCCAGCAAAUCAAAUGGUAAAAUGCGACCCACGUCACGGCAAAUAUAUGGCUUGCUGUUUGUUGUUUCGCGGGGACGUGGUACCCAAGGAUGUCAACGCUUCUAUUGCUACUUUAAAGACUAAGAGAUCGAUACAAUUUGUAGAUUGGUGCCCAACUGGAUUUAAGGCAAGUUGCCCUUAG